AUGCGUCAGUUCUCAAGUCACGGCGCCGCCUCCGCCCAGCCGCCGCCCCCGGCGGCGGAGCGGCGCAGCUUGUCUCCGCUUCACUCUCAGCCGCGGUCGCGGUGGGCUCUGUUUUCGCGGCUGUUUGCUUGUGGCGGCGCACGGGAUCGCGGAGGGCGCGGUGAGGAGGGCGGCCAGCCGAGCGUCUACGAGGCCCUGAGAGAGGCAGUGGCUCAAUGGUCCGAAGGCUCGUCGCGCUGUUUUUGCUUCGGCCUGCAUGUCGUGCCCACGGACGUCGUCGUCCUCGGAUUCCUCCUCCUCCUCAUUCUUCUGCACGUCUCCCUCUUCCUCGCAUUCUGGGUCGGCGCUAUACUGAAGGCCGACAGAAACUUGUUGGACAAGGGACUGGACGCGUCUUCGAAGCCAAAGAUGCAGACCCCGGGCUCGACGGUGGAGCCACUCGAUCCCGUCGCUGCUGAGUUUCGCGACGCCGUCAUCCCCUACACAUAUGCAGCUUUUCUGACCCUCGCAACUGCCAUGCCUGUUUUCGUUAUUGCCGUGAUCUAUUUUCUCUUUUAUCGCGGCUUGGCUGCGACGACUUUGAGCCGCCGCCUUCACAGCGCAGUGCCGGUGAUCCACGUCGGUGCGCAGCCCAACAGCUGCUCUGCUGCAUGCUCUGGCGCCACACGGCAAGACACGAACGGGGGGGGACAGCGAGAUCCCGGGGGCAGGCGCGGGUCUGUCGGCCGGCGACCCCUCGACGGCGAAGGCGCACAAGAUUGCAGCGAGUGCGGAGAGAUACCAGGGCGUGGUCGCCAGGCAGGAGGGCGAGCCCGAGGCGGCGACGCAGACGGGCCUGCGGAGACCCCCAUGAGCGCAGAGGAACGCGAAGCUCUGCAGCAAGAAGCGCGAGAGCUGCCGCUGCAGGCCCUCGUGUACAUGAUCUACGGCUUCGGGUUCACAGUGUCGCUGGUAUGGAUGGUGUGUUCGCAUAUCCCACGGGCACUGUGCCGAAAGUGCGCGGCUCCAACUACCGGACAGCAGUGGGUGGAAUGGGGGUGCUUGCUGGUUUUCGCUAUCAUGUGGACGGUGGCGUAUUUCAUUUGUCCCUCUCGUCACGACAUCGAGAAGCGACACCAGACCGCGCGCCGCAUGCGUGAGCGGCUGGCGGCGUAUCGCUCGCUGGCGUCUUUGGAGACGGCCACACCGUCGAGUUCGUUGCUGGGCUUGGGACCUCGCGCCGCCUCGUAUACGCCGUCAGUUCGAAACGGGGCCUCCACGGACACUUACCGCGCGAGUCCCUCGCACUCCGUCUUUCUCCCCGUCCACGACUCAGCCCGAAGCGGCGGCCUGGCCUACGAGGGCUGGAAGGCCCGCGGGGCCAGCAGCUUUUCGCCUGAACCCAAGCGUGUGGGGUCUGUUAGGGAAGCGACAGAUGGAGACACAGCCGACGAUGAUGAACUCGCCCUUGCAUUUCCGAGUGCGGGCGGCGGGGCGAAGCCGCGCGCGUUUUCCAUUCCCUAUCCGUCGCCGCUGGUCCCCGGGGGGCUUUACGACGACAGGCGAGCUUCAGCAAACGGAGAGCGUCGCGACCAAAAUUGUCGUGACGGCUCCAUUGAACUUCAGGGAAACGCACGAGAACGCCGCACCGAUGGCGUCCACGACGGAGGCUCCGCAUCAGAUAGGCAAUGCAUAUUAGCGGCGAACGGGAGAGAUGGAGACUCCGUGCGGGUCAUAGGUCGCCAAGCGCUUGAUUCCAGAACCCUCUUCGACGGCAACAGAGGAGGAGUCAGCGGGCACAACGGGGCAGCGUCUUCGCAUCCGCGCGCGAACGGCUCCCCCCGUCCGUGUGCGGCACACGACGCGAGGGACGCGAGCCGAAGUCUACCCAUUGUGGGACGGGACGAGAAGGAUGCGAAACACUGA